AUGAACACUGGACCUCCAGAUCCCUCCGUGAGGGCGAGCAGUGGACGAUCUGGUGGCGAUCUUUCUAAAGCGGCUACAGUUGCUACAGUCGCUAGUGCUGACGUGGAUGGAAGAACCUGUACGGAGCAUAAUGGCGGGACUGAGGAGAAGAGUAAGGAGGAAGAGGAGGAAGGGGAGCAGGAAGAGGAGGAAAGGGAGGAGCUUAAUGCGGGAAUACGGGGAAAAGAGGAGAAGGAGGAGGAAGAGAAGAGGGAGGAGGAAGAGAAGAGGGAGGAGGAAGAGAAGAGGGAGGAGGAGGAGGAGAAGGACAGGGAGGAGGAGAGGAAGGAAGAAAAGGAGGAGGAAAGAAGGGAUGGUGCAAUGAAGGGUGCAGAGAAUCGUGCAAUAAAGGGUACAGUGGUCGCUGUUACAGGUGUGAGUGGGAAUGCUACUGCCACAGCAUUGGUCGACUUGGCAACUGCCGCAAGGAAUAGAAGGGAUGAGGGAGGGGAGGAAGCAGUUGAAGGGGCGGAGGAGGCAGUGGUGGAGAAAGCAACAAGCGAGGGGGGAGGAGCAGGAGCAAGUGGGGAAGCAGGAGAAGGGGAAAAGGUAGCAGAGGAGGGGAAAGAAACAAGCGAGGGGGGAGGAGAAGGAGCAGGGGGGAGCGCUGCUGAAAGGGGAGACUUGGCGGAGGAGAGAAAGGGAGUGGGGGAGGAGCAGGGGGGAGCAGGUGGAGGGGGGAGACUGGACGAAUCAGAGGAAGAGGGAACAGGAAAGGAGGAAGUGCGGGCUGUUGCAGGGGAGGAGGGUGCGAAAAAGGAGAGAAAAGGAGGAGGCGCGGAGCAGGGGGGAGGAGGCGCGGAGCAGGGGGGAGCAGGCGGAGGGGGAGCAGAAGAGGAGGAAGUGCGGGCAGUUGCGGGGGAGGAGGGUGCUGAGGAAAGGAUCGAAAGAACUAGGGGGGAAGAAGUGGAAGCAGAGGAGGAGGAAGUGCGGAGAAGAGAGAGACGAGGAGGAGAGGGAGCAGCAGAGGAGGAGGAAGUGCGGGCAGUGGCGGGGCAGGAGGGUGCAGAGAAAAGGAAAGAAAAUGCUGGGGGGAAAGAAAAGGAAGCAGAUGGAGGAGGAGAGGGAGCAGAGGAAGGAGGAGAGGGAACAGAGGGAGGAGCAGAUAGAACAGAGGGAGGAGCAGAUAGAACAGAGGGAGGAGCAGAUGAAACAGAGGGAGGAGCAGAUAGAACAGAGGGAGGAGCAGAGGAAGCAGAGGAAGGAGGGGAGGGAACAGAGGGAAUGGAACAAGGAGUUGGGGAAGGAGAGAGGGAAGGAGGGGAAGCGGAGGCAGGCGAGGGGGGCGGAGGGGUAGGAGAGGCAGGAGAGGGGGGAGGAGGAGGAGCAGAGGAAGGAAGGAGAACUAGACCGCAAAGGCAGAAGAGGACGAGGGGGCUAGGGGGAGAUGAUGAUGGUGAUGGAGGAUUAGAGGGGGGAGAAGGAGCAGAGGGAGGAGAGGGAGCAGCGGAAGGAGCAGCGGAAGGAGCAGAGGGAGGAGAGGGAGCAGCGGAAGGAGCAGCAGAAGGAGCAGAGGGAGGAAAGGGAGCAGCAGAAGGAGCAGCGGAAGGAGCAGAGGGAGGAGAGGGAGCAGCGGAAGGAGCAGCGGAAGGAGCAGAGGGAGGAGAGGGAGCAGCGGAAGGAGCAGCGGAAGGAGCAGAGGGAGGAGAGGGAGCAGCGGAAGGAGCAGCGGAAGGAGCAGAGGGAGGAGAGGGAGCAGCGGAAGGAGCAGCGGAAGGAGCAGAGGGAGGAGAGGGAGCAGCGGAAGGAGCAGCGGAAGGAGCAGAGGGAGGUGAGGGAGCAGCGGAAGGAGCAGCAGAAGGAAGGAGAACCCGACCACAGAGGCAGAAGAGGAAAAGGGGGCUAGGGGGAGAUGAUGAUUCGUACGUGUGGGGGUUUGUGGGGCGCGGGUGGCGCAGCGCUGCUAGUAAGUCCGCUGGGGGAAAGGAUGGGGGGAAGGAAGGGGGGAAGGAUGGGGGAAAGGAUGGGCGGAAGGAUGGGGGGAAGGCGGGGAAGGGAAGGGGAGGAGGUGAGGAGGGAGGGAAAAGAGGGAGAGGAGGGGAGGAAGGGGAAGGGAGGAGGGUGGGGAAGAGAAUGAGGGGUUUAUUCAGAUUCAGCCAAGAGCCACAGCAGCAGCAGCAGCAGCAGCAGCAAGCAGGCAGGGCAAUAGGAGGUUUCCGCUUCCCUCUGCUCUCUCUCCCGCUCUCCACCCAACUCCACCCACUUCCACCCAUCUCCACCGCUUUUCGGCCGCCUCUUCUUUCUUCCCUCUCUCCCACGCCCCCUCUCAACAUCCCGUCCUCUCUCCCUCCCCCUCGACCUGCAACCCACCCUCCCCUGCUCCCCUCUGCUCAUCAAACCUCUGAACCAUUUCAUACCCCUCAAAACCCUCUCAUGGCUGCCGCAACCCACCCUACUGCGCUUCCUGCUGCACCUCCUCCUCUCCCCGUCUGCAAUGGGCGCCUCAAAGCAUUCCUCUCACUUCCCCAUGCGCUCGGGGUGUGUUUUGAGGCGCCUCAAAACAUUCCUCCCACUUCCCCAUGCGCUCGGGGUCCUUCUGAUGCUGCCACUAUUGCCCGUGGCCUGCUGACUCUGGUGCAAUUCGAGGGACCCUCUGAUGCCGUCACUAUUGCCCGUGGCCUGCUGUCUCUGGUGCAGUUCGAGGUGAGAGAGUGGCAUUGUUGUCUGCGGCAAGUUCGAGGUUCGAGGCCUGCGAAUCGUGCACAAGCUCGGCUUAUCAAACAACGGGCUCCUACUGCUCUGACGUCUUCCCCUCACCUCCUCCUUGCAUCCCUGGUUCCACCCCCCAACCCCCACUUUCCCAGGUCCCCCCUCCCCCAGGCCAUGCACCCGCCAGCCUAUCAGAGUGCAGGCUCCAUCCGCUGUGACGUCUGCACCACCUCAUGCACUCGUCUACCCCUUACUGUCAUCGGCCCAACAGACAUCCUCCAGUCAGACGUGGUUAUCCGCUGUGACGCCUGCACUGCACCACCUCAUGCGCUCGCUCGCCUGCCUUUAACUGUCAUCGGCCCGACUGACAUCCUCCAGUCAGACGUGGUGAGCUGGGGGCCCCAACUCUCACGUAGUGUAACAUCUGCACCGCACUCCACCUUGCACAACACAGAAGGCAUCCGCUAUGAUGUCACCUCAUGCGCCCGUCUACCCCUCACUGUCAUCGGCCCGACUGACAUUUUCCUCUCAGACGUGCCCCUUGUGAAGGCCUUGCAACUGCACCUGCUGCACCUCUGCUCCCCACCUGCUGCUGACACCCUUCCAGCAGCAGCAACCCCGCUUCUCCCAUCUCCCCGCGCCUCUUGUGCUCUGCUCUGCUCCCCACCUGCUGCUGACACCCUUCCAGCAGCAGCAACCCCGCUUCUCCCAUCUCCCCACUCCUCUUGCCCUGCGCCUGCACCUGUUGCACCUCUGCUUCCCACCUCCCAACUCUCACUCCCUUUUCCCUUGCUUUCCCCCAUUCUCUCCCAUUUCCCUCCCCUUCCUCCCCCCAUUCCCCUAUCAGCCGCUUGUGAAGGCCUUACGACUGCACCUGCUCCACCUCUGCUCCCCACCUCCUGCUAA